UUUAUUCAAAAAUAUUAAUAAUAUGAAUAAAAAUUGUUUUUAUAGAUAAUUAUAAUUUAUAAAUGAAUUUUUGACUAAAUUUGACUAAAUAUUCUAAAAUCAAUAAAUAAGAAAUAAUAAAAUGGCGAAAACACUGAUAAUUGUUUUGUUGGACAAAAGUGGAUCUAUGGCUACAAAGAAAAGUGAUGUCAUCGGAGGGUUUAAUACGUUUUUAAAUAAUCAGCAAAAAGUGGUGACCGAUGCGGCAAAAAUGUAUUUAUUAACAUUCAACACUAUUGUUACUAUUGUUGAAAAUGGCGUACCAUUGGAAUCGGUUCCGGAACUGACGGAAACCAACUAUACACCGGGCGGUGGAACAGCACUGUAUGACGCCAUUGCCGAAGGCGUAAGAGUGGCCGAUAACGAUAAGACUGACGAUGAAAGAGUUAUUUGUCUGAUUAUGACUGAUGGCGAAGAAAACUCAUCGCGAGAGACAACCAAACAACAGGUUAGAGAUAUAAUUACCGGACACGAGGCUAGAGGUGACUGGAGUUUCGUCUAUAUUGGCGAAGAACCCGAUCGUUGGACAGGAGAUAUGAAAAUGACUAGAAUUGAUGUACCCAUUAGUCAACCAACUAUUAACUAUCUUAGACAAGACUAUCCAAAAAUAAAUCAUUGUUUAAACUUAUCCAUGUGUUCGUAUAGCACAUCCAAUGUCAUGCAAUUCAAUGCCCAGAACUAUGAUUUAAAUUAUAUGACGGGCGAUAUGUUAUGCUCUGAGCUCAGGUCAUCCAAUAGCAAACAGUUGUCCGAUCUGUCGACAGUCACACCAAAUGAUACAAAGGAACAGUAAAUUUCAAUAUUAAUUAAAUUUGUUUAACAAUUAAAAAUUGUCUAUUGAUUAAUAUAAAAAAUUUAAACUAAAUUAUACUUUAAUUAUC